CAUUUCACGAGCCAUAUUAUUAUAGGGGUAUGAGCCCAGGGUGGCGUCGCGUACGGCGUCGUAGGUCGUGACGCGCCGCCCGAUGACGUCACUGCCAGGGUGGAGGGUGCGACAGCCGGUAGGGCAAGGGUGGAUGCCCCCCAGUGAAAGUCGGCUCGACGGCGUCAGUACAGCCUGCAACGCCGAGCGGGCCACUCGUGCCUCAUCUCCCGCACCUCGGUACCGGAUAACCUCCAAAUUCCUUGCAUAGCACUGCAAUCCAUGCAUGUGAAUGUGCUAGGAGAAAUAGGCGACAUUUCGAGUGGUCAGCAACUCUCUAUUCGAACUCGGCGAUACACGAAAGCGGCUAAAAAUAGCCGGGGUUCGCGCGCUCGAGUCCCGCUCGCUGGUGCGAGUUCUCACUCAUAACACUAUUUCUGUCUGUAGGAAAGCAAUAAGAUAUUCUACGUGAAAAGGAAGAUCGGCGACGGUUCCAUUGUAGACAAUGAGAAAAGUGCGUAAAAAGAAGCCGGUCGCAAGGCGACAGUGACUCUGGUGCCCGUAGUGUUUGCAAAGUUAUUGUGCCUGAAGAAGCGCGUCGCAGCAUUCUGAAACAUGGCGCUGGUGAUGCUGCCAUGCGACCUGCCGUGGUGGACCUCGGUGCAGCGGCACCUGAAGCACCUGCUUCUGGCGUCGGCGCCGAACAAGCUCACGGCAAGCAUGCUCAAGAUUCAUGACAUGUGCAAUAUCGGCAUAGACCCAGACGAUGACAUCAAAGAUCCGGAGCUCAUGAAGGGUCUGGAGGAGUUCCUAGACGAGGAGAUGACGGACGAAGAGCGCCGCCAGUUCCUGGACAACACCAUCAGGAUAAUGGUGAACAGAGCACUGCAUCUGAAGAGGUGGCGGCCGCCUAAAGGACUCAUGUUCAGCUUACAACAGCAAAGUGAUGUAACAGAGCUGGAUUACAAUUUUGUUUCGUCCCUUAUUGCUCACGCGUUUUUCUCAACCUUCCCAAAGAGGACGCUCAAAACGCAUCCAACGCUACAAGACUUCAAUUUUACGCAUUUUUUUAAGAAUUUACAUAGAAAAUCACAAAGGAAUAAAUUAAAAAGUUUACUUCAUUAUUUCGAGUGGUUAGAUAAAAAUAACAAUGAAGGAUCAAUUAAAUUAAGUCGACAGGUAAUGACCUCAAAGCAAUGGCUGACAAUCGAAGACUGGCUGGAAUGCAGCCUGCCACUGUGCAAACUGAUGGUGAGGCAUGAAGGACGACCGGAGCGGUGCGAGAAUGAUGAUGCCAUCAGGAUCUGCUUCGCAUCCAGCAGGGUUGGGGGAGACGUGUUGGUUGACGGGGAAUCACAGGAAUCCUUAUCAAUGUUCAUGAUGCCGGAACUACUACCAGCGAUGUUGUCUGUAGAAUCGCUAGAGGACAACGAGAUUCUGAAGGUAGAAGGCGUCAGGAUGUUCAGCCGAAUAUGCGACAAGAGACAGAAAACCAAAGUGGAACUUCUCGAGCAGCCAAAAACUGUAACCGUGUGUCUAAUGGACGCUGAAGACUACAGUAAACUUCCUCUCGGCCAAUGGGAAGAAGACAACGUGCUAAGGGAACUAAACAAAUGCCUGCUGGCUUUCCAACAGACGCCUAUGAAAAGCCCAAAACAUGAGAGGCGGCUAUCACCAAUAGGUGAAUCCUUCAGCCACACUCCACCAGAAGUGGAAGCUACAGUCGUGAUAAAGCAGGCAUCGUCGUGCAGCACCAUCAACAGUUACAACAGUAGGAGCCCUUCUCCGCAGAACUAUUGCGCCGCAACACUCAACCUUAACGAUCCCAGUGUAGAGUUGUCCAAACGAAAAUGCUGGUUGUCCCCGGACGGAAACACGCUUAACAACCGACGGGGCAGGUUCAUAGUGCUGGGGUCUUCGGGCGAGUGUCUCCCGGUGACCAGGAGCACGGGGCACCCCAACCUGGACACCCAGGAGGACAGCUUGUAUUCCAGCUGCAACUCCAGUGACGACGAGUACCAUAGUGCUAAUGAUAGCUUCGAUUAUGGUGGGAGCGAAGAUGAAGGCAGGGGUGAGAGCGCUCGUCCAAAUUCAUUCCAAUACUCUAAGGAAUUGUCAACGGAAGAACGGCGAUUGAGUUUCGCGGAUCGGCUGCGCGAAGCACUCCGAAGGGAGGCUGAGAACUCCUGCACGACCAGUACCACGGGAGAUUGGUCUACAGACAGCUCGAGCUACGCUGUGGGCAUCAGCAUUUCUGGUGCUGGAGUAAACGAUAAUGAUAUUAGGGUUAAAAGGGGAGGCUCCGUUGGAUUUGUCCUGACAGAGAAAGAGACGAUGAGCAACGGGGAACCGUCGCCGAGACACCCACCUUUAGGGAGAAGAGAGACAGGCAACAGUUCGAAGUACAGUUUCAGCACAGAGUACACGUCCGAAUUAGAAGAAGUUUACGAGCAGUUCAACCAGUGGCUGAACGAUCCCAUAGUGGAAUCGGGAACAGGGGAACACAAAACGCGGGAGUUAGACUCUCGGGACUUGGCUGUGAUAAGAUUUGCGGGUUCCCUUCUAAAGCGCACGCUCAGCGAAUCUAUGGCUUGCGGACCAAGCGGGGUAAAUGCUGAAGGCGCUGCCGAGGCAGCUGAAUUGUAUGGCCGAGACUCAAGAGACCGGACCGGGCCCAGGCGGCUGGCUCUAGCAGCAAGAUCUCUGUCCUUGGAACUGGCAAGGCACAGACAUCGGUUGGCAGCGCAACUGAAACGUAAAGUAAGAGAGUCUAUACCCGAAGAAAUUGUCGAAAGCACUCGAGUGAGACGCGCAGAUUCAGAAAGAGAGGCGGAGGAUACUGGCUCGAGUUCCUUCGGGACCUCCACUGACACCGCUUCUACCCAAAUCUCAAACCCUACCGUUAGAAGGAAAAAGUUGAAUUGGAUGAUAAACAUGAUCGUCGAAACAAUCGAAGAAAACAUACAGUGCGAACCCGUCACUAUAAAACUAAAGAAACCAAAGCUAAGCCAACUGGCCCAUAAGAUAGUGUCGGGCGGGUCGUGCCGGCCAGUGGCGACUGGCAACUGGGGUUGCGGCAACCGGCUGAAAGGCCAUCCGCAGUUGAAGAUGCUACUACAGUGGCUGGCAGCGAGCGUAGCUGGCGUACCAGCGCUUUUGUACUACACUUUUGGCAACGAAAAGCUUUUCAAGCUGGACACGCUAGUUCGCGUAAUAGUUGAUAGAAAAUGGACAGUGGGCCAGUUGGCGAAGGCGGUGCUGAAAUUCGCGCGUCAAACGCUCCACGAGCCUCACGUCAUCCCUGACAACCACUCGCUAUUCGACGAGCUCAUCGGAAUCGAGAAGUUUCCAGACGACACAUAGCGCAGACGUCGACCUUAUGCCUCGCGAUAUAAGGUCCCAUAAUCAAUAACAGAGCUUUGAGCACUUUUUACCGGCAGCUAACAUAACAAGGGACGUUAACGCUGGGUUGCACCAUCUUACUUUACCUUUAAACAAACGUCAAAAAUCUGUCAAACUCCAUACAAAAAACACCGGUUACCGUCAAAGUUACGGUCAAAAUUAGGUGGUGCAACUCAUGCUAAGUACGUUAAACGGGCUGACACCUGUACAGUUGCACAACAGCGGUAUACACAAGUAUAAGUAAUAACUACGUAGAACUUUAACCCAAUAUUGACCGUUGAUUAAAGCAUCUUGGUUGUCUAGUCCUGGAGACAAGUAUGUUUGAAUUAGAAAUCUUAUUAGCAUACGAAACUGUAUAAGACGUUCCAUUUUGUGCGUAAUAGGAUUUUUUUUUUCAAAUGCUUAAAAAAUCCUAUAACUUGUCCAAAAUUUGAUGUUUUAAUCAAAGAACAUUUUUACUAUAGGAGCAACAAUAAAUAAAGGUUCAAAAAUUUUCACCUUGUCAUACAAAUCGAAGCUCUUCUUGGACAAUAAUGUAUGGCACUGUAAUCACGAUUAACUCUUCGCUAAAGAUUAAUUAUAAUCCCAUAGUAAAAAGUUGUUCAUGUUCUCGACUUUAUCAAAACCCGCGGGAGUAUUCUAACGUUACAAUAAUUUUGAUAUUAUCUAUCCCUCUCACACAUGGCACAAUGCCGUCAUGAGGGACAGAGACACUCGAAGUUGUAAAACUUCAACUAAAUCUAAAACAAGUAUAAUAUCUACGGAGUUAUUACUGCUUCAAUGUUGCAUUUAAAAUCAAAUUAUACAUAAUAUAAUUACGUCAAGUACGUUUAUCUCGUUUAAUUAGGUAUGUGAUUUAGACAAUCGUGUCUUAUUUUUACACAAUUUUAGAUACUGUUUAUAACAUAACAACAAUAAGCAAUAUUAGCAUUGAGAGUUCAAUUUAAAUUAGUAACUUUUAAAAUAUUUUUAUACAAAACUAUCAAUUAAAGUACAAGUGUAAUAUAUUGUAAAAUUUAUCAAAUCUUUGUUAAUUAUAUAAAUAUAAUGGAAACAUAUAAUACGUGAUUUAUAAAUAACUUUACAUAAAGUAGAUCAGUGCUAAUUUAAGACUGUUUCCACUGCAGCAACGCUAUAACGUGCUGUAAGCGAUUAUUGAACACAUUAUGCAGCUUUCUAAAAUCUAUUGUAUAACUAUCAUGAUAUUGGCAAUGGCAUAAUUUGUAAAUAUUGUAUUGUUAUUUAUUAACCCUCUUAUUCAUAAAAAAAAUAUUAAAAACACUGCUUUAUCAAAUUAUAACGGGUAUGCUCCGUUAUAGCACUGUGGAGCACUGAAUAGUGUACGCAAUGCUCGCGCCGGAUGACUUUUGUCACCGUGACCCUUGACAGUAUGUCUCUCGUUUUCUUUUAAAAGUGUAAAAGAGAGAGAUAUACUGUCUAGGUGACAAAAAGGUACAAAAAGUCACCCGCGCAUAGGCUAAUGGAACACACCUAAAAGCUUCGUCACUUUCUGUCAAAUGUUGAUUACAAUAA